ACCACUUUAACGGAACAACCUUUUUCACAUGCCUAAAUCUGUUAAAAAGCCAAGCCUAAUUGGAGUUGACCCCCAACUCGAAAUAACUUUGAAUGAAUGUAAAAGCCGAAAAAUAAAUCCUAUUCUACAUGGAUUAAAAUUGAAGUAUUGGACACAUUAUGGAAAGUUAGCGAAUUGUGCAUUGAAAAACUGCAAGAAGCAAGACGCUGAUUCAAUUAUAAGAGCUAUCUUGGCCUUUUUCACCAACAUAAAAACUUCGUUUGCAGCCAAUAUGGCAGUGUCAAAAUAUGGCGAAGCCUGCAAAAACUACUUUUCGGACUUGGAGAACAAAACUAAUCUUCAGGAAGUUAUUCGUACCAAGCUAGAUUUGAAGGAUUUAGAAGAACUUGAUAAAGAGACACUCCACAUAACUCAUAGUCUAAGAAGUAAAACCAAAUCACAGAAGGCUCUGGCAAAUGCAGCAAAAGACUAUCAAGCCGCGAAAUUUGAAGCAGACGCGCUGUUAAAGGCUUUAGACGUGGAAAUCAUCAGCUCAAGUUCAGACGAUGAUACUCCCGAGCUACAGGCACCACUGACACAAUCAACCAUAUCAGAGACUGACAACGUCUUUACAGUCCAAAAUCAAACCGAAAGCGUGGGAAAACGAAUCAAACAAGAAGCCUUGAAUAUUCAUAACGAAUAUGUAAAGGGGGUUAAUAUUGGUUCCGAAGCUAAACUAGUAAUGGAUCUUGGUUUAAGCUCAAUUUUGGAUUUGACUCAUGAAAAAGACGCGUAUCAAAAGUAUAUUUUUUCAGAUCAAGAAUGGAAGCAGUUGGAAGACUAUUUCAACAAGAAAUACAAACUCAAAAUUACGGCAUCUAUUCCUAAAAACCUUACUGAUACUUGGUCUACUGUUGCUCAACUUGCCAUUCACAAGGGUACUUUUACUGCAUUAAAGUACAUAUCAAAAUUUCAAAGUCUCGAAUCAACAAGCGAGGUUAAUUUUAUAUAUUUUGAGAUAUUUAGACAUGUGGUCCUUACUCUUCAUGAAGAUGCAAGUUUGAUUAAUAGUAUUAUUGAAAACAAUGGCUCCAUUUCAGAGCAAGAUGUGUAUACUCUCUGGUUUCCAAUAAUUAAGAGGAUCGUAUCAAUAAAAAAGAUUAUAAGGAUGAAACAAGGCGAAACGAUCAACUUAUACACUACCAAACGCAAACAAGCCCAAUAUUCCGAUCAUGAAAAAGUGAAAGGAUUUAAAAUUGAUGUACGUUUGCUGCUGGAUUAUGGUCAAAAUGAAAUCGACCUAUGUGCUGGAGAAGUUGCAACAAAUACCUUUGACACCGAUAAGCUUAUCCAUGAUAGGAGCAAAUGCAUUCGAGAAUCAAAAGAUAUAUGUGAUCACCACAUUGAGGCAGGAUUGGGAAGAGACUCGGUUGGCUGGGGAAUUCAAAUUUCUGGGCUCGAAGCACGCUUGAUGUCAAUUCAUCUUUUUAGAGAAGGUCUUUUUGUUGCUGUAUGCCAAGACACCUUUCUGUUUCCCCAAAAUAUUGAAGAAUUGCCGGACUUUAUACACACUCUAAAGGGUCUUGAGUAUCUCAUUGAACGUAACCAGGUUGAAGCUAAUAAACUUAUUGGAAUCUACGACAAGAUAUAUAGGUCGUAUCGCCCUUCAUUAAAUAGUGAAAAUAGCACCGGCACCAGUACCAGUACCAGUACCAGCACCUGCCGUAGUAGCUAUAACAGCAACAUGCCAACUUCGUUUACAUAUUAUACCCCACCUUCGGGAGAUAGAAACAAAUCUGUCAUCCCCCAUCAAAUAUUCUGUAAAGAAAAACGCCGGUUAUUCCACGAGAGAGUCAUUAUUGGAGAGGAUAGCCCAGAAGUAGUUACGUUAGAAACGAAAGGAGAUGAGGAUAUGUUUGGAUGGGUCGAAAUGGUUGAUAACACUUGGUAUAAUUCUGUAACUGGUGAAAAGAGUGACGUUUCGCCUUACCGAUAAUGCUAAACUUAAUUUUUUUUUUCAUAUAUUCCCCUCACCUAUUAUCAUACCAGUACUUGAGUAAAUAAAUAUAAUAUAACUCAAACUGAACAACAAGACUACUAAUUAUUUUACAUUGUAUUCUUACUCACCAGUAAGGAUUGUAUAUUCCCUGAAAUAAAUAUUUAAAAUAACGGUUACGCUAUUUUUAUUUUUGUUUUUAAAAAACAUGAUAACUUGUCAAAAAAGAACUAGUUUCUUAUUUGAUCAUCACAAAACU